AUAAUUUUGAAACAAAAAAAAUUUGCAUCACAGUGAAAUCAUUGACCUAGUUACAUAAGGUGUCUUCCUGCCUCCACCUUUGCUACCUUCAUAUGGGCUGCAGCGUGGUGAAGACAGACAUUUGUGGUGAGGCAGCUCACCACCCACCCCAUGAAGGUGAAGAACAAGUCACACACCGCCUCGAGGAGCCGAGCUCUGAGCCCAGAGCAGGACAGCAAGGACACACACCGUUCUAGCCACCUGCGACUCGAAGUCAUCACUUUCAGUCCCCUGAGACCAGGGCCUCCACACCUGGGAGCAAAGAUCUCAAAAUUCUGAAAUUUAAGAGAAAAACUGCAGCUGCUGGUUUGAGGGUCGGAAUAUUGUCGCUUUGCCUCAGCUCUCCUAAAGCCUGUGCUAGCGAGUGUGUGGCCGACACUGCCCUCUCCACUUUCCACACCACACCAAGUCUGGAUUUCCCACCGACACCCAGGACCACCGUGCAUGAAGAGACAAUGAACUCCACGGAGGGUUACGAGGAGUACUCUGACUCGAUCCUAUCUGUGUCUCCGGACGACUUGCCCCUAUCGGUGUCUCCAGACGACGCGCCGUGCUCCUUGAAGGAGGUCAGAGAGUUCACCAGGGUAUUUGUGCCCAUCGCCUACUCUCUAAUAUGUGUCUUUGGCCUCCUGGGCAAUAUUAUGGUAGUGAUGACCUUUGCCUUCUACAAGAAGGCCAGGUCCAUGACUGACGUCUACCUGUUGAACAUGGCCAUCACAGACAUACUGUUCGUCCUCACUCUGCCGUUCUGGGCAGUGACUCACGCCACCGGCACUUGGGUUUUCAGCAACUCCCUGUGCAAACUGAUGAAAGGCAUCUACGCAGUGAACUUUAACUGCGGGAUGCUGCUCCUGGCCUGCAUCAGCCUGGACCGGUACAUUGCCAUCGUCCAGGCCACCAAAUCUUUCCGGGUGCGAUCCAGAACGCUGGCACACAGUAAGGUCAUCUGUUUGGCGGUGUGGGCCAUAUCGGUCUUCAUCUCAAGCCCCACCUUUAUCUUCAACAAGAAGUACCGGUUCCAGGGUAGAAUCGAGGUCUGUGAGCCCCAGUACAAGUCUGUCUCAGAGCCUAUCGCCUGGAAGCUGCUGGGGCUGGGGCUCGAGCUGCUUUUCGGCUUCUUCACCCCUCUGCUGUUCAUGGUGUUCUGCUAUCUGUUCAUCAUCAAAACCCUGGUGCAGGCCCAGAACUCUAAAAGGCACAGAGCCAUCCGCGUCGUCAUCGCCGUGGUCCUCGUGUUCCUAGCUUGUCAGAUCCCUCACAAUGUGGUUCUGCUCAUGACUGCAGUAAACACGGGCAAAAUUGACCGGCCCUGCAGCGGGGAGAUACGCCUCGCCUACGCCAGGAACGUGGCUGAGGUCCUGGCUUUCCUCCACUGCUGCCUCAACCCCGUGUUGUACGCAUUUAUUGGACAGAAAUUCAGGAACUACUUCGUGAAGAUCAUGAAGGAUGUGUGGUGUGCGAGAAGAAAGAACAAGGUGCCAGGCUUCCUCUGUGCGCGGGCGUACUCAGAAAGCUAUGCUUCCCGGCAGACCAGCGAGAUUAUGGACAACGACAAUGCCUCAUCCUUUACCAUGUAACGUGUGGGUAUGAAACCACACACUACAGCCGCCUUUGUGAAACCUGCUAUUAUGUGUGUGUGUGUGUGAGAGAGAGAGAGAGAGAGAGAGAGAGAGAUACAGAGAGAGAGAGAGAGAGGAGAAAGAGAGAGAGAGGUGGGGGAGGCCCAAAUAACUAUGGAAAUUAAGCGAGUCUUCCAGUGGGCAGGUGGGCACUGAUAGCGAAGCUCUCCCCAGUGUGGUUGAUAAGAAACCUUAGUGGCGCUUGCAUUCUGGGAUUGGCGGUCCACAAAAGAAGCUUUGGGGAAUGCUGGAUUAGAGUGAAGUACUUAUGAAUGUAACCAUAUUCAGAAAUGUUCGUGAAGGGGUCGCAGACCCAGUGAUGGCCCAAAACAAGGACACAGCUUGGGAAAGCAACAGAAGCCCUCCUGGGACUCGCGUGAUGCUAGGGGGAUGUUUACCAUCCUUGGUGGCAAAUCGCAAAAAUCCUGUACCCGGUUCCUUCUCCUCCCAGCCAGGCUGUGGGACAGCAACCUGGGAGGCAGGAACCAAGCAGGGAGUGGGGUCCAUGGUCUUGCUGCCAGCCUGCAAGCUUGCUUCUGCUUCAGGAAGUGGUUUCCCACGGUUUCCCUCCCCUCUGAGGUGGGUGGAGUCUGAGCGGGAAAGCUGGGGUUGUGUUCCAGGCUGGGUGAAGGGCUUGGCAACUUCUAGCAUAGCUCAACAUUCAUCCCAUGGCGGGUAAAUUGGACUGGUUUGUAGUUGAAAGUGCUUUUCUUCCUGUUCUGAAAUGGAGCUGGAGAUUGUGGUCACCCCGGGCUUCAAGUUAGCCCCUGGGCAGUCUCCAGGACCAAGUGGAUUUGUUGUUGGUUUAAAUCGGGAAUCGAACCUGGGGUCUCACACAAGACUCUGCAAGUGAGCUGCCACUGUGCUGUAGUCUAAGACCUUUCUGACAUGGACAUCCUCCUGCCUCAGCUCUACAAAGAUCCGGGAUUACAGGCCUGUGCCACUGUGCCUGGCGCUGAGACUGAUCUUUAGGCGGCUUUACCCAAAGUCAUGGUUAGCAGCAGUAAGUCCUUCUGCCUCAUUGGAAGAAGCUCAUAGGACUCUGGUCCUUGAAGUGCUGCGGAGGCAGAUGGUGAACCUGAACUGGGAAUGCAGAAACACAAAGCUCGUGCCAAAAGCUGCUGAUGCGAGUGUCGGAAUACUGACGUGCUCAGUUCUGACAUGUGGUUUGGAAGGCGAAUGGUUAGUGAGCUGUAGCAAUGCCUGACGUGUGUGUGUGUGUGUGUGUGUGUGUGUGUGUGUGUGUGUGUGUGUGUGUGUUUGAGAGGAGAGACAAGAGGAUUACUUCAGGUGUAUUCCUCAGGCAUUGACUCUUUUCUUGUUUAAGACAGUCUCUCAGCAUCUCGGAGCUCAGUCAGUAGGUUAGACUGGCUGGUCAGAGGAGCCCCGGAUUCAGCCGCCGCUGCUCCCCAGCACCCACCACCACAGCUCUUUAUUUUCUCUUUUACAAAGGUUCUGGGCACUGAACUGGUCUUUGUGCCUGCAAGGCAGUUGCUUUUCCUGUCUGAACCUCUCUCCAGGCCGGCACCGGAACAGAGCUCCUUAGCUUAUGCUCCCUGUUCCGCACAUUAAACUGUAAUCUUAUCACAA